AGAUUCUGUCUAUUUCUUUUUCUCUUUUUUUUAUUUUUUUUUCCUUUGUGUUUCUACGCAUUAAAAGUUACUACUAGAACAAAAUGAGCAACCAACAAUAUCUUACCUUGGAUCGUACCAACGACAAGAUGCCUAUCAUUGGCUUUGGUUGUUGGAAGGUUGAAGAAAACGUGGAAGAAACCGUCUAUACUGCCAUUAAGAAUGGCUAUCGUCUCAUUGAUGGUGCUGCUGUUUACGAGAAUGAAGUGGGUGUCGGUAAAGGUAUCAACAGAGCUAUCAGUGAAGGCAUCGUCAAGCGUGAAGAUUUGUUCGUUGUCUCCAAAUUAUGGAAUACUUACCACAACAAGGCCCAUGUUCGUGCUGCCAUGGAUAGAACCUUGAAGGAUCUGAACUUGGACUAUGUUGAUCUCUAUAUCAUUCACUUCCCCGUUCCUUGUCAAUAUGUGGAUCCUAAAGAACAAUAUCCCGGACCUUGGACCAUCGAUGGUAAGAUGAAGAUUGAAAAGUCUCCUAUGCACGAACUUUGGGCCGAGAUGGAGAAGUUGGUCGAUGCUGGUUUGGCUCGCAACAUCGGUAUCUCAAACUUCAACUGUCAAAUUAUCAUGGAUUUGUUGACGUACGCCAAGUAUAAGCCCGCUACUUUGCAGAUCGAACUCCACCCCUACUUGCAACAACGAGAACUCGUCAAGUGGGUGAAAGAACAAGGUCUUCAAGUUACCGCUUAUUCUUCCUUUGGCCCUAGCUCUUAUGUCAAAUUGACCAAAGACGCCAAGACCGUUACUCCUCUCUUCGAACAUGACAUGAUCAAGAGCAUUGCUGAUAAGCACAAGAAAACGCCUGCUCAAGUUCUUUUACGUUGGGCUAUCGACCAAGAGAUCGCUGUCAUUCCCAAGAGUAUGAGCUCUGAUCGUAUGAAGUCCAACAUCGACGUCUUUGACUUUAAGCUCGAUGAAAAGGAUCAUGCAGACAUUAAGAAACUCGAUGAAAACCUUCGUUUCAACUCUUUGUUUGCUUAUGGCAUCCCAGUUCCUCUUUUCAAUUAAGAUUUAACAAACAUAGCAUAGCAUUGCAUUCUCAAUAAAUUGUUAUCUUUUCUUUUUUUUUUUUUCCUCAC